CACUCUACUUUCAGAUGGAGAAGAUGGCGUGAUACCCUACCGAUUCACUUUUCAAGCAGUGCAUAGAGACCUCGUUCGGUUGGGAUUCGGCGAGGAUGGGUUCGUUCGAAACGCUGUGGUCGAUAUGUUCGCCAAGUUCGGAGACAUUGUUAAAGCUCAGAGUAUCUUCAACAAGAUCGGUCACAAGGACACUUAUCUCAUGGAACUCCAUGCUGACUUGCGUACGUUCGUCAUGGCCUCGCAGCAGAGGCAUUCCGUCUCUUCGGCAGGAUGAUUCACGAAGACGUUGAACUCGUCUCUGUCACCCGAGGAAUGCAGUGGGAACUAUUGAUCGUCAAUUCCCUGAUCGUCGUCUACGUUAUUGUGGAACUCCAUCAUCUCCGCUCACAGUAAACCUCCCUGAAUCGCUGCCCUACUUUGGAGAGAUGGAGACGGAAAAUGUCAUGCCGGACAAUAUCACGUUCGUGGCCGCGCUAUCGGCCUGUGCUCAUAUGGGUAUGGAUGGUGGAGGAAGGGGAGAGGCCGAGACGCUGUUUUCUCUGAUGGUGGAGAAGUACGCGAUGAAACCCAUCAUGGAGCAUUACGCCUGUAUGGUGAAUCUCUAUGGCAGGACUGGGUUGAUCGGUACGGCGUAUGACUUUGUGAUAGGGACGAUGGCGUUGGAAGCUGGACCGACUGUGUGGGAUGCUCUGUUGCAUGCUUGCUGUGUAAAGAUUGGAGAGGUUGGUAGUGAGCACAACUUCGAACUUCUGGUUGAGAUCUGUAGCGACGGUGGUCGGAUGGAGGAUGCGGAGAGAGUAGGGCGGAGAAUGAUGGUUGAUAGAGGGCUGUCAAUGCAGGGUGUGCAACAUAGUCCAUGAAACCGUAUCGGGAAGGUCAGCGCCCAGCAGUGUCGGUAAGGUAUUUUGUGGUAAAACCGUGGUUUAACCGUAGUUCAACCACAAUACCGUUAAAUACCGCCUAUCAAUUUAGUCUUUAAUACUGAUAUUUUGUGGUUGAACCAUUGGUACGAGGACCAUGGUGUGUAAAUGGCAAGUUGGCUAUGUUUUAGUUUUACUAUGGCCAUAUUCUUUCCUUUUCUCUUACCCUAGCUAACACUUUGGGGGUAGUCAGCUGGAUCCCAAUUCGUUAUGGCGCUCACACAGUGGCGGAUUCAGAAUUUUUUUACAGGGGCGUCCUCUUUAAAAAAAUAAAAAAUAAAAUAAAUAAUUCAUAAAUAAGAAAAUACAUGACUAGUACAAACUUUAACAAAAGGCCACGACGUGUUUUCAUAUUCUGAAAAAGAAUAUAAAAUAUACUCGACGUCUUCACUGCUCAACAAAUCUAUAUAUCAUACUAGACAAUAAUAUACGAACUGAUCCAAUAUUCGAAUUCUAACCUUGUUCUUUAUGUAUCUCAAAGUUGAAAGACUCUUUUAACUCUUGUUGUGUAACUAUACAAUCAAUUCAAAUUAAGGAUAACCCACAAUUAGUUUAGUUGUUAGGUCUUGAAAAUAGUUGGGAAUAAGCAAUAAUGUUUUUACUAUUUCUUAGAACAAGAAAUGAGCUGCAACCUAAAAAAUAUGUUUAAUAAUAAUAGUGUCCUAAGUUUGAAUAACACAAACUACCAUUUAUAUUUUUUGAAUCUUACACAAACUACUAUCAACAGUAGUAUAAUCAUUUUUUUACAACAAAUCCACUUCUAUUUCAUCCCACAGCCAUUCCAGUUCCAUUCAAAGCUGAAAAAAGAUUGCAGAGUUUGCUUCACAUCUGAUAGUGAUCACACUUGGAAACAGCUCAAAGCUGUGAGCAUAGAAUUGAGGGAUGGUCUGACAAAAGCUGAAAGAGUGACGAACGGCCCCGACACUUGCUAGCUCAUUUGUGACAAGUGGAUAAUUAUGAAGGGUGUGGGUGGCUGGCCAUAAUUUUCUGGUGAUAGUUGGUACUAGAUGAUGGGUGUUUUUUUUUUAUAACCCAGGAAGCUCAACCCCACAUGUCACUUGAUCUACUAAACCUGAGGAGCACCUGUACAAGACACAACAUUGGGAGACUUCGUUCUCGGCAUUCAGGUAUUCCUCCGGAAACACACAAACGACACCGUUGGGGAUCGAACUCAAGACCUCUCACGUCCUGAGCCAACCAAACCAAUGGUUUCACCGCUAGGCUGUAUUACCUUUGGCUAGAUGAUGGGUGUUUGCUUGGUGAUUGCUUGCUCUGUUUCUUUCAUUUUGUGCAGAACUCUUCCUUUCUCUUUGAUUGGGCGUUUCAGUGCAAGGAAUUCAAUAGAAGAGGGGCCCUUCCGGUAAUUAUGGUAAUGGUAGGAGACAUGCCACCACUGGCUACAACCAAUGCUCCAUUCACAUGGACAAUCUCACAACGAGGUAACCUACCCCGAAGAAAUAAAUGGGCGGCGAUUCCGAAAUCAGACAACAAAUUUUUUUAAAAGUU